AUGUCGGCGAGGCAGCUGAAUCGACUCGCCAAGGCUAAAGGCCUCGACCCUCUCCUAGGCGGUGGUCUCAACGAGGAAUCUGAAGAGUCUGAUGGGUGCGCAGACUCGGAGGAAGAGGGGGACGAGCUUUCCAGAGGGGGUGUGGUGUCCGCAUCGGCAUUCGGAGAAUAUUCUUCGGAAUCCAGCAGCAGCAGCUCAGAAGAAGAGGAUGGUAGCGAUAAUGACAACAGCAGUGACAACGGCGGGGAAGCCGGCGAUAGUACGCCCAUCCCCACAAAACUCCCCGCACCAGAGGAGGGGGGCAGAAAGCAAACAGCGCCGGGCGUCGAAGAUGACGACGACGAGUAUUUGGACAGCAUCAUCUCAGAGCUUGCUCGUAAGGCGGCCGCUGCGGAGGCAGGGGAAGGAAGCCCCACCGACAAUCUCAAACUCGGCGCUUCGUCGCCGCUGGCGCUCCUGCUCCGAUGCGAUCCCCGCUGCCUGAAGCUCGACCAAGAGCUCCGUCGAAAGUUCGGCGGCGGCGACAGAGAAAACGGCGGUGCGGGAGGUGGAGGCGGCGGAGGCGGCGGCGGCGGCGGGGGCGGGGGGCGGGCUCGGAGGACAAGGCGGGGAAUGAUGGUCGGGCGCGGCGGGAACAACAACAGCGUGUCGGCGUCGUUGAUGCUCAAGAGACUGGUUGUGAGCGCUCCGAAGGAUGAUUGGCCGAAACCGCCUUCGUUUGUCGGCGGUGGUCUGGGGAUGAAAAGGUGCGAGGCCGGGGCUCCGGCGUACCUACCAAGGUGGCAGCUGGACGCACACCAGGGGGCGGAGUGGUUUGUGUUCGAGAGGUCGAGCUCUCUGGAGCAGCUGCAGCGAAAGUUCGAGGCAAUCCAGGGCAUGCACGACCCCAAUUUCCUGGCGUCGUUCGCGUCUAGGGCACCCUACCAUGCCGACGCCCUCCUGCAGCUCGGAAUGGUGUUUGCACACACGGGGCAGAUGGAUCGUGCGUCCGAGUUUGUCGGGCGUUCCCUGUACGUCCUCGAAAGCGCUACGAUGGAGGCGUUCAGGCCGGUGGACGGCGCUUGUCGCCUGGAUGCCACCCUUGAAGUCAACAAGACCUACUUCGCGGCGAUGUUCAGGCACAUGCAGAUGGCAGGCAUGGUGGGUGGGGCGCGCACGGCGCUAGAAGUGGGCCGACUGCUGCUGUCGCUCGAUCCGCUCGGUGACCCCAUGGGCUGUUUGCUGGCUCUGGACAGCCAUGCUCUGACCAGCCGCCAGGGCGGGUUUCUGAUAGAGCUCCAUCGGUCGAAGCUUCCCGUCGGCCGUUCGCCUUCCCGCGCCGCGGAGGCUUUCGCCUCUGGAGCGGGUGUAGACGGAGACGUGGGCGUGACUGUCCAGGACUUGCCGGGUCUGAGCAUGUCGGUGUGUCUCGCCACGCUGGAUACCACGGGAGAUUCCACCGCUGCCCGAGAAGCCAUGGCGUCGACCAUGCUCCGUUUCCCCAUCAUGCUGGAGCCUCUCCUGGAAAAGUGCGGAGUGACUCCUCGGUCAACAACCUACCCCCACGACUGGAAAUCGGUCAUGCAGCAUCCUCACUUCGGAAGAGCGAAGGAUCGGCUCCCGGCAGGGCAUGUCCUGCUUCACCUCGCGAGAAUAUUUGCCCAGAGGGGCGGCGAACUUUGGAAGCAUGAGCGGGCGGAGGAGCUCCUGUACGAUGGAGCUGGGAUCGCACUGCAGGGUCUACCCUCGACGCCGGCGACCAGAGAGGCAGCCGGCGCAGGGGCAGGGGCAGGGGAGGCACCAGCACCAGCGGGCACAAUCGGCGCCGACUUUUGCCCCAGCGCAGCCGAGGUGGAGGUUGUCCAACGCGCCUACGGCGAGGGGUCUCCCAUCCAAAAGUACCUCGACCUGUCGCUCUCAGACUUCGACGAGUCCUUCGCGCUUCUCCCGCAAGACGCUAACAUCUUGGACCCGCGACUGAUGGGCCCGAACUUCAUGAACGAGCGGGUGCGGCUGCGUGUGCCACCGGGAGUAGUCCCGGGGGGGGGUGGCGAGCGGGGCUGGGGGGGCGGCCAGGAAGUGUUGGACGAGGUGCUGGCGAUGGCGAUGCAAGUGAUCGGCAGGCAGGAUGCGGCGGCGAGAAUGCGGCGGCAGGGGGGGCGAAGGGGACAGGGAGAGGCGGAGGGGAACCUGAGCCCCUCGUCCCCCCUGGCGCAGCUGUUUUGGCAGACGCUGUUGCCAUGGAAUGUGUUCCCGACGCAUUUGCGCCCGACGCCUCCUCCCCCUCGUUGGCUGUGA